AUGGUACCUCGAGGGCUGUGGGCCCUAUUUGGGCUCUUGUUGGCCGUGUCGGGCCAUAUUCGACUCGUUUUCCCGCCGGCUCGACAGCCGGCCCUCGAUUUCUACACGACGGCCAAUUCGCGACCUCCUUGCGGCGUCUCCAAACCUCCGCCUGGCCAAGGCGUGCACACCUUCUUGAAAUCUGGGUCCGAGAUCGACGUCGAAUGGCUGACCUCUAUUCCACAUAUGGGCGGCAUCAGAAUUGAAGUUCUGAACGCGCUCGACCAGCCGAUUGCCAUAUUUACGAAUUUCAUCGACGCCUACAACGUUUCAAAUCCUCGCAAGACGAUCAGUCUCCCCAAAGAAUUUGAAUGCGAGAACUGCGCAAUCCGUUUGACGCACCAGGCCACCGAGUACGGUACUGAGUACCAGAUCUACAGCUGCGCCGAUGUCAACAUUGUGAGCGCCAUCCCCGAUGGGGACUCUUGUCUUGGCCACGGCACGCGCACUAGUGGCGUCUGCCGCUGUGAGGGCGCGUACACCGGCGAGUACUGUCAGAUUGAGAAUGAGUGCGCUAAGCCGACCGACUGCGGCGCGCACGGCACGUGCCGUACCACGGUGGAUGAACCCAGGAAUCAGUGCUACUGUCAAAAGGGGUACUACGGAACGACUUGCGAACGGGUAUCCCGUGCCGCGAACGCGCCAUCCGACUUUGACGCGUCGCGGUACCGCGUGCGCGAGGCCGACGACAACAAGAUCUACUGGCGAAUUGACGGCGAUGAGAUCGAGUUUGUGCUCAAAUUCCCCGGGCAGUCGUGGGCUGGAAUCGGAUGGAAGCCGCAGGAUCAUGUGUGCCCUCAGGCUAUGCCACAGCCCGAGCUCUACAGGCAGCAACCAGUAACCUAUCCGAAAAAGACGAGCGCUGAGAAGGUGGAAACAGUCAAGAAGGUGGAAGUGGUGCAAAAACUUGAGUCGGUCGCCAGCGUCGCAGCCGCUCCGGCAGAGAAAGAGCACACGCACCACCGUAUCUCAUCCGGCGGCGAAUCGGAUGAGAAGGACUUCUCGGUUGGUGGACAAUCGACCGAGUAUGGAGACGAAGACACAACCGAUCUGCCCUUCCACGUCACCCCCGAUUUGAUGAGUGCCGAGAAGACGUCCGCAACAUCAACGGCCAAGCCCUUGUCUACCACGACUGCUUCUAAAGGGACAACUACAACGGCAUCCACGACACCGGCAGGCACGACCAAGACCUCACCAGCCAGUGUUGCUACCAGCACAACAACUAAACCACCCGCCAUCACAUUGUCGUCGGCCGAACUGGCCGAGCAGAUCGAGGAGCAGGCCGUCACGUGCGGGCCGAAUGAGGUGUUCUCGAAAUGCCCGGAGAUGUCACGCGAGUGUGAGGCCAGCUGUGAUUGGACACGAUUCCCUGAAACGAUCCCGAAUUGCCCGCGACAGUGCGGCGAGCCGAGAUGUGUGUGCAAAGAGGGGCUCGUUCGACAGGCCAACGACAACAGCCAAUGUGUGCCGUUCGAGUACUGUGCCGCCGAGGAAGACCCCCACUGUCCGGCGAACGCGACAUACGCUAAAUGCGGUACGGCCUGCGAACCGAGCUGCGAAAAUAUGUACGACACGUCGCCAUGCCCGGCUACUUGUGAGAAACCCGACUGCACUUGCGCGGAUAACCACGUACGCUUCAACGGCGUAUGCAUUAUGUGGGAAGACUGUCCGAACGUUGCCCAGCAGUUCGCCGACGACACGGUGAAAAUGGUCGAGUCGGCGGAGGUGUCUUCUGCUGAAGUCGUGAUCAAGACCACCACCACACCCGGCACCACCAAAAAGCAACUGAAACCCGCGCAAACUGUAUGCCCGGUCAACGAGACAAUGACCGAGUGCGGAAGGGCAUGUGAGGCCGAUUGUGCUACUAUUGCCACCAGAGCGGCCUGCGAUAAAUGCGAGGAUCCGGACUGCGCGUGUAUCCAAGGGUUCGCCCGGUCGAACGGAGGAUGUGUGUAUUGGGGUGAAUGCCCGAAACAACCACGCAAUAACAAGGCCAAUUCGAUCAGCCUACAAACCACGCGGGCCCCGACAACCGCCGCCCGCGCCUCCACCGAACACGACGAUUCCGAGCUGUCUACCGACAACGAAAAGUGCUAUGGCGAUUGGCGAUAUCCGGAGGGGUGCAAGGACUGCGAUUAUAAGAUCUCGUGGAACUAUGUGGAUGAGUCGGACGAGAUUGAAUUCUCCCUGGAGACGAAGGCCCCGCAAAACUGGUGGACCGGAGUCGGCUUCAGCCCUAGUGGAAGCAUGGCCGACGCUGAUAUGAUUAUCGUCAAGUCUGCAAACGGCAAGUUGAGCCUCCUCGACAUGUCAUCCUCCUCCUACGGCGUGCCCAGCCUUGAUGCCUCGCAAGAUGUCUAUUCCACUUCCACCGUCAUCGGCACCCAUGCCAAUGGCGUUCUCCGCGCCCAAUUCACGCGCAAGCGCAGCACCGGCGACGCCAAAGACUUGGCGUUUUCGAAUACCGUCUGCCAGCAUUUCCUGUUCCCCGUUGAGGGUGGACGGCUUGAUGAGAACGGAAACAUCACGAUCCACGCUUCAACCCCGAUCGUCAGCCCGAACCUCGUUUGCGUUGCCAGCUGCCUUGCCGAAGAGGACGAGAAGCCAACCACAGGGAAGAAGGAUGAAAUGUGUGAGACGGAGUACCGAUACCCACCAUCGUGCGUCGAUACGGCUUGUGAAUAUAUUGCUAAGUGGAGCUACGAUGAGAAGAGAAAGGAUGUGAAAUUCGAGAUCUCGUCUAAAGAACCGGGACGCUGGACCGGAAUCGGAUUCUCCCGCGAUGGUGGCAUGGCCAACUCGGAUAUUUAUACUGGAUGGGUUUAUGAGGGUAAGGGCUACGUGACUGACCGUUACGCUUAUGGCCGCCAGCUUCCGGCCAUCGACCCCGCCGACCGCAAUGAUAUCUACGAGGUCGAAGGCAAGAUGGUGGAUGAGAUGCAGACCAUUUCAUUCCGUCGCCCAUUAGUGCCCAAGGACAAGGUGACCGAUCUGCCACUCGAUGAGUGCUACUACUUCUUGUAUCCUAUUGGAGGAGGAAGUGCGAUGUCUUGCACUGACAUGGUUGUCGGAUCGGUCUUUGACGGAAAGGGCCGUGUCAGAGAUAUGUACUCACCUAGCAAGGCCACCCCACGCAUGGAUUCGUUCUUCGGCGGUUCGGAUGAUCUGAGCGGAGCCUCCGCAUAUCAAGAGGACGGCGUGACGACAAUUGUAUUUAGGCGCAAAUUGGAAGCCGAUCACCCGGCCGAUCAUACCAUUGCCCCGGGACCAAUGACUGUAGUAUGGGCUAAGGGAGCCGAUCCGGAGAGAUAUCAACACACCACCGGAGGAGCCCCAAUUCGAGCUGAUCCUGCCUUCUUUGGCCAAGAUCUCUUCAAAUAUCACGGGAAGGAUCGUCGCGGAGUGUUGACAAUCAACUUCUUUGAUGCGGCCACUGAAGAAGUGCUCAAGACGGUGUCGUCACCAUCUACUACAACACAAAGCCCUGCCGCCCGACCAUUGCCAAAUAUUCCGGAUGCGCCGAAGCCGGAGGAGGAUGGGUUCCCAUCAUGCUCUGGGCGCUUCUCAUUCCCCAGAGGUUGCGAGCGAGCCAUAUGCCCGUAUUAUGUCGAAUGGAAUUCCGACGGAAAGGAGAUCUCCUUCCGUCUUGAAGCCGCACUUUCCGAUCGACGCUGGACGGCCAUCGGCUUCUCCAAUGAUGGAGGCAUGGCCAAUUCCGAUGUUGUCGUCAUCUCUGUGGAGCGUGGAGAAGUCUCCGUUGUCGAUCAAUUCAUGCCAAACUACGGUAGACCGGUCAUUGAUGAAGAGCAAGAUGUCUACGAUAUUGAGACGAGCUACAAGUCUGGCCGCGUCAUGGCAAACUUUAGCCGACGUUUGGCUACAAAUGACAUGAACGACGUGACCCUGGCCGAGUGCCAAUACUUCCUUUUCACCCCAUCGGGUGGCCAGCUGGAUUCGAGCGGUGAAGUGAUGAAGCACGCUGAGACGCCAACGAGCAGCCAGACAAAGAUUUGCUUGAAUGUAUGCGAACGCCACACGACCGUUGCUGCUGACGCAGCCGCCAAGCAGCCGACGAUGAAGCCCGUCAUCACUAAGAUCGAGACCACAAAGGAGGAGAAGAAGACUGAGGAAGAGGAUGAGGAUGAGGACGAGGAUUCUGAAGAAUAUCAGGCCACCGAGUCCUCAGAAUUGCCGACGACGAAGGGAACGGCACCUAGCUCUACCCGUGCCCCAUCGACAAUCCCCGGAAAGCGGAUCGAGACGACCCAACAGCCGGCCAUCACCAAGCCGCCAGUCGUGUCGUACCUACCGGAUGCGAAGAAGCGCUACUCACUGCGAGUACGGAUCCUCAACCGCGAUUGGCAUCCAUCACUGCUCGACCCGCAGACCGAAUACUAUCGCUCGUUCACCAAGGAGGUAUCUUCUGCCGUCGACGGGCUAUUGGCAAAGAAGUGGAAGGGUAUGCACGUCUCCAAGAUUGUCGACUACGCCAAGGGUAGCGUCAUCGCCGAGUUUGAGGUUGACACAAACGGCCAAGAACCCCUUGCGCGUGAAGUGGCCAUUUUCCUCGAAGGCGCGGCGCUUCGCGGAGAAUUGCCCGGCUUCGACGUCGAGCCCACCACCGUCAAGGUCAAGCAGAUUGAUGUCCCUGUCCGACCCGCCCAAAAGAAUCAUAAGGAGGAGAAGCCGAUGAAUGAGAGCAUCGACAAUCUGCUCGCCGGGCUCAGAAUCGACAACGAGCUGUUGCGCAACAUCAUCGUCAUCUCCAUUGCGGCGCUGGUGCUAUUGUUGGCGCUCGUCUGCUGCUGUUGUAUCAUGUGUCGUAUCAGGAGGACAAGGAAUCAAUUUAGUCCGAUGAGGUCGGAAUCGCUCGAGGCCAAGUCGUACACAGAUAUCCCCUACAAAGCGGACUCAUACCCGCUGCCGAACCCCGCCUUCUACGGACCCUAUGGAACAUUGCAACCCAAGGGGACGAAGCCACCAAUGGCCGGCUUCGAAAACAAGGCCUUCCAAGGCCCCAACGGAACCCAUCAACGCCAUUUCAGCCAGGCCACCACGGCAUCCAACAAGAAUGGUAGCAGCAGCCCGGCUCCUUCCGGCAAUGGAAAUGAAUCAAUGCCAGAUGGAAUGGGCGAGACGACAUACCAUGAGUGGUACAACAAGGUAGCCUCAAAGCCGGCUUCACAGACACACGAAGAGGCGUUGAUGACACCGCCAAACGGAAACAUCACGAUCCACGCUUCAACCCCGAUCGUCAGCCCGAACCUCGUUUGCGUUGCCAGCUGCCUUGCCGAAGAGGACGAGAAGCCAACCACAGGGAAGAAGGAUGAAAUGUGUGAGACGGAGUACCGAUACCCACCAUCGUGCGUCGAUACGGCUUGUGAAUAUAUUGCUAAGUGGAGCUACGAUGAGAAGAGAAAGGAUGUGAAAUUCGAGAUCUCGUCUAAAGAACCGGGACGCUGGACCGGAAUCGGAUUCUCCCGCGAUGGUGGCAUGGCCAACUCGGAUAUUUAUACUGGAUGGGUUUAUGAGGGUAAGGGCUACGUGACUGACCGUUACGCUUAUGGCCGCCAGCUUCCGGCCAUCGACCCCGCCGACCGCAAUGAUAUCUACGAGGUCGAAGGCAAGAUGGUGGAUGAGAUGCAGACCAUUUCAUUCCGUCGCCCAUUAGUGCCCAAGGACAAGGUGACCGAUCUGCCACUCGAUGAGUGCUACUACUUCUUGUAUCCUAUUGGAGGAGGUCGUGUGUUCGCUCGCAACACUCAAGACUUUGCCAAUGCCCGCACCCCCAUCGGCUAUCAUGAUCAAGCGCCGAAGGUCUCCAAGAACAAGAUUUGCAUCUGUGACGGACAGGGAUCACCUGUCAAGCCGCCGCAUCGCGUGCGCGUCCGUCGCCAAGCCCUCCAACAGCAAGCAGCUCAAGCAGCUACCACUGGAAGUGCGAUGUCUUGCACUGACAUGGUUGUCGGAUCGGUCUUUGACGGAAAGGGCCGUGUCAGAGAUAUGUACUCACCUAGCAAGGCCACCCCACGCAUGGAUUCGUUCUUCGGCGGUUCGGAUGAUCUGAGCGGAGCCUCCGCAUAUCAAGAGGACGGCGUGACGACAAUUGUAUUUAGGCGCAAAUUGGAAGCCGAUCACCCGGCCGAUCAUACCAUUGCCCCGGGACCAAUGACUGUAGUAUGGGCUAAGGGAGCCGAUCCGGAGAGAUAUCAACACACCACCGGAGGAGCCCCAAUUCGAGCUGAUCCUGCCUUCUUUGGCCAAGAUCUCUUCAAAUAUCACGGGAAGGAUCGUCGCGGAGUGUUGACAAUCAACUUCUUUGAUGCGGCCACUGAAGAAGUGCUCAAGACGGUGUCGUCACCAUCUACUACAACACAAAGCCCUGCCGCCCGACCAUUGCCAAAUAUUCCGGAUGCGCCGAAGCCGGAGGAGGAUGGGUUCCCAUCAUGCUCUGGGCGCUUCUCAUUCCCCAGAGGUUGCGAGCGAGCCAUAUGCCCGUAUUAUGUCGAAUGGAAUUCCGACGGAAAGGAGAUCUCCUUCCGUCUUGAAGCCGCACUUUCCGAUCGACGCUGGACGGCCAUCGGCUUCUCCAAUGAUGGAGGCAUGGCCAAUUCCGAUGUUGUCGUCAUCUCUGUGGAGCGUGGAGAAGUCUCCGUUGUCGAUCAAUUCAUGCCAAACUACGGUAGACCGGUCAUUGAUGAAGAGCAAGAUGUCUACGAUAUUGAGACGAGCUACAAGUCUGGCCGCGUCAUGGCAAACUUUAGCCGACGUUUGGCUACAAAUGACAUGAACGACGUGACCCUGGCCGAGUGCCAAUACUUCCUUUUCACCCCAUCGGGUGGCCAGCUGGAUUCGAGCGGUGAAGUGAUGAAGCACGCUGAGACGCCAACGAGCAGCCAGACAAAGAUUUGCUUGAAUGUAUGCGAACGCCACACGACCGUUGCUGCUGACGCAGCCGCCAAGCAGCCGACGAUGAAGCCCGUCAUCACUAAGAUCGAGACCACAAAGGAGGAGAAGAAGACUGAGGAAGAGGAUGAGGAUGAGGACGAGGAUUCUGAAGAAUAUCAGGCCACCGAGUCCUCAGAAUUGCCGACGACGAAGGGAACGGCACCUAGCUCUACCCGUGCCCCAUCGACAAUCCCCGGAAAGCGGAUCGAGACGACCCAACAGCCGGCCAUCACCAAGCCGCCAGUCGUGUCGUACCUACCGGAUGCGAAGAAGCGCUACUCACUGCGAGUACGGAUCCUCAACCGCGAUUGGCAUCCAUCACUGCUCGACCCGCAGACCGAAUACUAUCGCUCGUUCACCAAGGAGGUAUCUUCUGCCGUCGACGGGCUAUUGGCAAAGAAGUGGAAGGGUAUGCACGUCUCCAAGAUUGUCGACUACGCCAAGGGUAGCGUCAUCGCCGAGUUUGAGGUUGACACAAACGGCCAAGAACCCCUUGCGCGUGAAGUGGCCAUUUUCCUCGAAGGCGCGGCGCUUCGCGGAGAAUUGCCCGGCUUCGACGUCGAGCCCACCACCGUCAAGGUCAAGCAGAUUGAUGUCCCUGUCCGACCCGCCCAAAAGAAUCAUAAGGAGGAGAAGCCGAUGAAUGAGAGCAUCGACAAUCUGCUCGCCGGGCUCAGAAUCGACAACGAGCUGUUGCGCAACAUCAUCGUCAUCUCCAUUGCGGCGCUGGUGCUAUUGUUGGCGCUCGUCUGCUGCUGUUGUAUCAUGUGUCGUAUCAGGAGGACAAGGAAUCAAUUUAGUCCGAUGAGGUCGGAAUCGCUCGAGGCCAAGUCGUACACAGAUAUCCCCUACAAAGCGGACUCAUACCCGCUGCCGAACCCCGCCUUCUACGGACCCUAUGGAACAUUGCAACCCAAGGGGACGAAGCCACCAAUGGCCGGCUUCGAAAACAAGGCCUUCCAAGGCCCCAACGGAACCCAUCAACGCCAUUUCAGCCAGGCCACCACGGCAUCCAACAAGAAUGGUAGCAGCAGCCCGGCUCCUUCCGGCAAUGGAAAUGAAUCAAUGCCAGAUGGAAUGGGCGAGACGACAUACCAUGAGUGGUACAACAAGGUAGCCUCAAAGCCGGCUUCACAGACACACGAAGAGGCGUUGAUGACACCGCCA